AUGAGUGCUGUGUCCCGCAUUGACGUCAGGCAGAACGAUCGAGGUCUUCAGACAUGCUUCGACGCUGCCAACGUCCAAUCUACAUGGGCGGCUACUUUUUGCAAGCUGCACAAGUUGGAGACUUUGGACGAUUUUGUCUACCUCAUGGAUUCUAAGGACUGGGAGCAAAACCUCAAGGACCUGCUCAACGCCUCGAGUGACUUGAAGGACAACAGACUCAUUUUGGCCAGGUUCAAAGCUGCCUACGAAAGCGGUGUCUCGGCCAUCAAGGCCAGUCAGGCGACUCAGAAAGUAGAGGACUCAGUGGACACAGUGCUGCCUGAAUCUACCCUUCAGGCUAUCACGAAGGACUUCUCCCGUCGGUAUGGUGUGGUCUUGGACCCCCAUCUGGACCCAAGUGAUAGCUUACGCAGCCGUGUCUACAAAGAGUUCCGCCGCCAGACUAUGACAGUGUUGGAAACCAGACGCAUCAAGUCAAUGAUGCACAUCGCGGUCCCCAAGACGACAGAGAACAUCAAGCUGUCAGACUCUUUGCAGCUGCAGCUACAGGAGGAUGAAUCUGUGGUGAUCACCACCGCCAUCGAAUACUACUUUGCCCUGCGUACACUUUGCAACGCUUGGGCCUGGGCUGGCAAUUUUGAAGCUACAGACUUUGACGACACCAAGAAGCUCUUCAUCAGCCUUGAUCAAGCUCAAGGGUACGCAGAUUUCUGCCUACGCAUGAACAUUGAAGUGGGACAAGGAUCCCUUCAGUGGUUGAUGAAAAACGACAUGCUGACCCGAUCCAGAAUGGCUUCAUUAAUCCGCCGGAACUACACAGGUGGGUCGGCCCUUAAAGAGGCCCUUCACCAAACCCAUCUGGAGUGGCGUAGCCCGGCCUUGCAAAGCUCUGGGAGCGUACCCAAGGCACGUGGCCAGCAACCGCCGCCGGAGCCGGCAGGGGGGCCACCAGCCAAACGGCCCCGUCAGAUUAAGCCGGACACGAGGCAGACAGUGAGCAUGUUGAAAGGCGGAAAGAAGCUAUGUAAGGCCUGGAACGACCAGCGUGGCUGUAAGGGAGAUUGUGGCAACCUUCACGCCUGCGACGUGCGCAUGCCUAGCGGCCAGGCUUGCCAAGCCACAUCUCACAACAGGACGGUGUCUUUGAACGGGACCGCGCCUGCGACCUCUGUGGCUCCACGCCAGAUCCAUGUCGAUGAUGACAAUGUCGGGCCUGCAUUCCGGCAUACAAUUUUAGCUCCAGGCGCCGACCCUCCACCAGUUUCCCUGAGUGCCCGCCUUGCUGCAGCAAAACCGGUGACCUGGAGGGGUAAGGGCGAUCUGGCACAGUAUAGCUGGACUGGAACCCCCUUAAAAGGGUCAUGGCUUGUGAUAGACCUCUGGGCAGGUUACUCAGGCCUAGUCAUUGCGAUGUUGUGUCUUGGAGUUCAUUGCUAUGCCCUAGCUGCAGAAUGCAACCCGACAGCUCGAGCUUGUGCGGCACAGGUCAUGCCCCAGAUCGUUCAUGUGGACGCCGUCGAGAAGGUGCAGGUGCGCGACCUGAGGGAGUUUUUGCGGCGCCGUAAAGUUAGGGGCAUUUUGGUAGGGGGUGGCUCUCCAUGUCAAGCCAAUAGUAGUCUCAACGCUGGCAGACGGGGUUUAGGUGAUCUUAGAUCCCUUCAACCCCAAUUGCUUGCCCGAUUGGUGGAAGAUCUUUCCCAAGAACCUCUUUGUCAGGGUCUGGAAAUUAUUGCGUUUCUGGAAAACGUCCACAGCAUGCCCCUUCCGGUGUUGAAGCAGUAUUGUAGAUGGAUGAAAUCCAAUCCGGUUUCUGUGAAUGCGGCGUCAUGUGGCUGGACACAACGACUGCGCCUCUUUUGGCUGUGCUCUCGCCGCCGGGGCCUCGAACCCAACAUCCCGCCACCAGAUGCAUGGCAAUGGGCACCUUCCCCUACCUCUCAUGGCAUUCCCGAGCUGGUUUAUUCAGGGGCCAAAGCGAUUCCCGCACGCUUGCAAUGUGAUGAUGGUUUCGCACCUAUGAUUGACCCGACUCAGGUGAUGAAGAACAAUGGGAAAGGAGCCAUGCACACUUUCACCCGAGAGUUCUACCACCCCAACGACCGAGUCAAGCAGGUUUCCCCAGCUGCAGCGCCCCGGUUUGACGAAGACCUACGCCGGUUUCCUCCUGGAGCCUACGAGGAACACUCCCUGCUGUGGCAGAAGGAACAAUGGAGACAGCCCUCACCAACGGAACGGGCCCAACUCCUAGGGGUUCCCCCAGCAGCGGUUGAAGCCGUCACUGGUACGCCAGAUGAGAAGCGCCAGGGCAGGAACUCUUUGCUGGGCAACGGCUUUCACAUCCCAUCUUUACUGGCCAUCCUGUGCCUUCUCCCAGCGCUGUUGGAGGCCAAGAUGAUUCCCCAGCCAACGCUGCCAGACCAUGGACUUCAUGAGCGCUUGGUGGGAACAAUUUGGGAACCCGGGCGACUACAAUCCUUCCCGGAUAUCCUUGAUGGCCCUGCUGUGGUAGCCCGCAUGCAAGGCAUGUUUGACCCCAUCGUGGUCAAUAAUGAUGUCUGGGUUCUUAUUGCGCAGCGUCUGGAUGCAUGCCAACUCCAUCAGCUCCAAGCUUUCGCAUCAUGGCGGCGCCUUCGGGGAGAGGACUGGUGUCAACUUGGGCCUACCCCUGUCUUUGGGAGGGCAAGGUCACGGGUGUUUGCCGGCCUGUCUGGCCAACGGUAUGCCCCGGAUACCUCCAAAGGCCUUGACCACUUGUUGCCUCCAGGUCUUGGACCUGAGGCACAUAUGGCCGCAGCCCAGACAUUGCCAUCACCUUUCGCCCCACAACCUUGGCCUGAACCUGAUGUUGAGUUCGUCAUUGAAACCAUUUGGAUUUGGCGGGAGUGCCUUCCAUUGCUUGCACAAUGUCAACGCAAUAUCCUCAGAUCCAUUCACCGUGCUCUUCAACCACUGGAUCAAGCUCUACGCCCUCACCGUUGCUUGGCUGCUUCAAAGGUGGCGGUCCAGAAGAACCCGGCCUUUGUGGCCUGCCUGACAGCCCUGCUGCGCUGGCCGGCCGAUAAAUCUGACCCAGAAACUUGGAUGGGUGACCCAGCCCAAGCCGAUUUGGAACGCCUCCUACUGUCACGACCACCUCGUCUCGCCCGGGAUAUCUUGGAUAUCACCGAAGCGGAGAUGCAGAAAGGUUUCUGUGGCCCCUUGCGCUCCAAAUUGCAGAUGGAUCGUGAAUACGGACCUGGAGGAUGGAGAUUCCUUGAACGGUUCCUGGUGGUUCAACCUGAUGAGAAAAAGCGGGUUAUCGACAAUGGACGUAAAAGCGGCCACAAUGUUCACACACAAAUGCAUGAAACGAUCUCCACAGUGACCGUUGACUUCGUGGCGACAGUGGCACGCAUGCUUUGUGACCGCAUGCAGGCACCAGUUGAGCACAUCUCCGAUCAAUAUCCCUGGUGUGCUAUGCGCCUGGGCACUGACGACUUGCCUGACGCCUACAGGGGGCUACCUGUGCGGGAUUCCCAUCUGUGCUAUUCCAACAUUGCCAUCUUCGUCCCACAGGUUGGUUGGAGAUUCACCACGCUUUAUGGCCUGGCAUACGGAUUGGAAGCAGCGGUGGUAGCCUUUAAUCGGUUCCCACAACUUGGAGUAGCCAUUGCGCGUCGCUGCUUACUUAGUUGUUGUGCCGCCUACUUCGACGACGAAUUGUCCGUCGAGUUCAUCCGUGAUGCCUGCAUCUCCCAACGAGGCCUCAAGAUGGUGUUUGAGUACAUGGGUGCACCUCCACAACCGGCCAAAUGUUUUAUGCCCUCGUACAACCGACACUACCUGGGCACAUCUGUCCACGUUGGUGACGCCCUCACUCUUGGAGUGGUGCGCUUCCAACCCAAGACAUCCACUCAAUGGAAAGUCCUAGCUCGGCUCCAACAUGCCGUGGACACCCAAUCAUUGGAUCGUGACACAGCCGGAAAGCUACGUGGAGACCUUAAUUGGAUGUGGUCCAUGUGUGCAGGCCAUAUCGGCCGUCUUGCAGGCUCACGCUUGGCUUUUUCGACAAGGUACCAGCCACCACACAAGAUUGCCGAGACCUUGGCACGUGCAGCGUACUACAAGUCAAUGUCCAACAAAGAAGAGGACACAGUUCCAUUCGUGAUGGAGUGGAACAAGCACAACGGGACACAUCACACUGGCGGGAAACCAGAUGACAUCACGGUGGUUGCAGCAUGGGUGGUGGAAGACAAGCCCCAGCCCAGCCUUUGCAAGGAGGAGAAGCUCCGCCUCCAAGAGGAGGAGAGACUCCGCAAGGAAGAGGAGGAGAAGCUCCGCCUCCAAGAGGAGGAGAGACUCCGCAAG